UGGCGUCGUUACGAUACAGUGGGGACCGAGGUACAUCCCUGUCCAAAACAAAGCUGGAAGAAAUUCACAGUUGAAGGUGGAUUUUUAUCUUUCUGUCUGAUUAGUUCUUUAUUUCCAUAGAGCUGCUGACAGCCACAGCAGAAUGCACCUGCUGCCUGACGUGUGGAGGCAGGACUACUGGCUUCCUCCAGGUGUGACCUGGAAAGACAUGGAUCACCUGGCGGACUCUGACCGACCGCAACCCCUGGACCUCCUCAUAGCUCUGCCCCUAGCACUGGGCUUUGUUGCCCUACGCUAUGUGUUUGAGAGGUUUUUUGCCCCAUCCAUGGGCAGAUGUUUGGGUGUAAGGAAUAGAUUGCAAGUGACCGCUGCCCCCUCCCCAAAGCUGGAGUCUUUUUACACCAAGAGGAGCAGACAGCCGACACAGAGUGAAAUUGUUAGUUUGAUGUCGCUGUGCGGUAAAACCCAGAGGCAGAUUGAAACCUGGUUCCGUCGUCGCAGGAACCAAGACAGGCCCUGUCAAACCAAGAAGUUUGGUGAAGCUGCUUGGAGGUUCUUUUUCUACAUCACAGCCUUUGUGGCCGGACUAGCCUGCUUGGUUGAUAGACCCUGGUUCUGGGACCGCAGCGAAUGUUGGAGGAAGUAUCCAGUACAGCCCAUGGAGAGAGCUCAUUACUGGUACUACAUGUUGGAGCUGGGUUUUUAUGGCUCUCUGCUGCUGCGGAUCUCUGUUGACAUCAAGAGGAAGGAUUUUAAAGAACAGGUGAUCCACCAUUUGGCCACCAUCUUCUUGCUUAGUUUCUCCUACUGUGCCAACUACAUUCGCAUCGGCACUUUGGUCAUGCUGCUUCACGACUCCUCUGACAUCCUGCUUGAGUCCGCCAAGAUGUUCAACUACGGCACUGGCUGGAGGAAAACGUGUGACACACUGUUCGUCGUCUUUGCUGGGGUCUUCCUUGUGACUCGACUGGUGAUUUUCCCCAGCAAAAUCAUCCAUACCACCCUGGUUCUGUCCAUGGAGGUCUUUGAACCCUUUGUCGGCUACUACUUAUUCAACACCCUGCUGAUGGUGCUGCAGGCUCUUCACAUCUUCUGGGCUGGCUUAAUCUUGCGCAUGGUCUAUAAGUUCCUGAAAGGCAAGCUGGAAAAAGACGAACGUAGUGAUGAAGAGAGUGAGGUAGAAGAAGAAGAGGAGGAUAAGGGAGGAGAGGAAAAUGUGGAUCGAGAUGGAGAUUAUUGUUGGGAGAGAAGCAAAGACACCCUGAACUCUAAACUGUCUAUGCUGACCAACAGCUGUGUCCUAAAUAACUUGACGAACCACAGGGCAUCUGUAGCUGACAGAAUGCGUAAAGCUCAGUAGAGACUUGAUGUUUUUACAUUUCGCCCCGGUUUUGCUAUCUCAGUCAUAUACAACAGUGCUAUGGUUUAUAUAUCAAAUGAUAUAAGAUCACCCUCUACACUACAAGUAUUUCAUGCUGAUGGGACUCAUUAGACAAGUAAAAGGGUGAGAGUUUAAUUGUUAAUCAUUGUAAAAGUGCUGACAUAGAAGAGGAUGGUUUCCAACACACUUCUGAUGCACCACUCCCUGGCUUAGGAGGCCAAAGCCUGAUCCAUUAGGCCACUGGGGCUCUUGCAGCUGCUGGGGAGCCACUGCGCACAGGUCGGCAUUCAGUGGUAGUAACACAGACAUUAUAAUCCUUUUUUAUUCACUUUUCAAUGGACAGGAAUGACAAUCUUUGUGUGAAUUGAAGAAAUUAUCAAACUGUUCAGUGCCUACUGACAUACACUGCAGACUGUUUUUACACUAUUUUUCAUUGACUUCACAGAGCAGAUACCUGACAACAAAAAAAGUGAUUGUAACUAAAAAAUAAUAAAAAACAAAACGAACGCUGUAGUUUGUUGUAGUUUUCUGAAGUAACUUGCAGUGUAGACAUAAGUGUUUGUUUAAUGUGGAAAAUAUGAAAUUGCACAUGCAGUAGACAUUUAAAUGCUGGAAAUAAAG